UCUGGCAAUGAAGCCACUGCCGCUGGUGCAAGGAAUUCUGGGAUGUCUGACAAUGAAAUGGAUGGAAGGAAUCACAUUCCAUCUCUACUUAAUGUCCUUUUGUCCAGAAAUCGGGUCAUGCAGAUGAGCUACUUGAAGAGUAAGGAACAAGGAUAUGGAAAACUGAGCAAUGAUGAAGACCUCGAAAUAAUUGUUGAUCAGAAGCAGGUAGUAGGUGUAACCUUGAAGAAAAAGUGGCACUGUCUUCAAAAAAGUGACCUGACCCUGGCUUUGGGAAAAGGCUCUAGGGCGGCAGAUAAGGCUGUUGCCAUGGUGAUGAAGGAGAUACCGAGGGAGGAGUCUGCUGAAGAAAAGCCCCUCCUUACUGUGACAUCACAGCUGGUGAAUGAGCAACAAGAAAGCAGGCCCCUCCUGAGUCCCUCCAUCGAUGACUUUCUCUGUGAAACCAAAUCGGAGGCAAUUGCAAGGCCAGUAACGUCCAACACAGCCGUGUUGACUACUGGCUUAGACCUUCUCGACCUGAGCGAACCCGUCUCUCAAACCCAAACCAAAGGCAAGAAGUCAGAGCCUUCAUCAAAAAGCUCCUCCCUCAAGAAGAAAGCAGAUGGGCCUGACCUCAUCAGUACCGAUGCUGAGCAGAGAGGCCAGUCCAUCCGGGGCCCAGAGACAUCAUCUUUAGACAUUCAAACGCAACUGGAAAAAUGGGAAGACGUUAAGUUUCAUGGAGAUCGAAAUAGCAAGGGGCAUCCAAUGACAGAGAGAAAGCCAUGUUCAUCCCGGACUGGAUCAAAGGAGCUCUUGUGGUCCGCGGAGCACAGAUCCCAGCCAGAGCUGAGCACUGGGAAGAGUGCCCUCAACUCCGAGUCGGCGUCUGAGUUGGAAUUAGUAACUCCAGCACAGGCUCGACUGACCAGAGAACAUCGCUGGGGAAGUGCGCUCCUCUCCAGAAACCACUCUUUAGAAGAGGAGUUUGAAAGAGCAAAAGCAGCAGUAGAGUCAGAUACGGAGUUUUGGGAUAAAAUGCAAGCAGAAUGGGAAGAAAUGGCCCGAAGGAACUGGAUAUCUGAGAACCAAGAAGCCCAAAACCAAGUCACGAUCUCGGCUAGUGAGAAGGGAUAUUAUUUCCAUACCGAAAACCCCUUCAAGGACUGGCCUGGGGCAUUUGAAGAAGGCUUGAAAAGGCUGAAGGAAGGAGACCUGCCAGUCACCAUCCUGUUCAUGGAGGCAGCGAUUCUUCAGGACCCUGGAGACGCAGAGGCAUGGCAGUUCCUUGGAAUAACCCAAGCCGAGAAUGAAAAUGAACAGGCCGCCAUUGUCGCCCUUCAGAGGUGCCUGGAGUUGCAGCCCAACAACCUGAAAGCAUUGAUGGCCUUGGCUGUGAGUUACACAAACACGGGCCACCAGCAGGACGCCUGCGAAGCCCUGAAAAACUGGAUUAGGCAAAAUCCGAAGUACAAGCAUCUCGUGAAAAACAAGAAGGCAUCUCCAGGCCUCACUCGGCGGAUGUCUAAGUCCCCAGUGGACAGCUCUGUUCUGGAAGGAGUGAAAGAACUGUAUCUGGAAGCGGCCCACCAAAACGGAGACGUGAUUGACCCAGAUCUACAGACCGGUCUAGGCGUGCUCUUCCACCUGAGCGGGGAAUUCAACAGAGCAAUAGAUGCAUUCAAUGCGGCCUUAACUGUCCGGCCAGAGGACUAUUCACUGUGGAAUCGCCUUGGGGCUACACUGGCAAACGGAGAUCGCAGUGAGGAAGCGGUGGAGGCCUACACGAGAGCCCUGGAAAUCCAGCCAGGCUUCAUCCGGUCCAGAUACAACCUGGGGAUCAGCUGUAUUAACCUGGGGGCUUACAGAGAGGCUGUCAGCAACUUUCUCACUGCCCUCAGUUUGCAAAGAAAGAGCAGAAACCAGCAGCAAGUUCCUCACCCCGCCAUCUCGGGGAACAUCUGGGCUGCACUCAGAAUUGCAUUGUCUCUGAUGGACCAACCUGAACUCUUCCAGGCAGCGAAUCUUGGUGACCUGGAUGUCCUCCUGCGAGCUUUCAACUUGGAUCCUUGAAGGAAAAGGAAAAGAAAAAGAAAAAAAGAAGAAGAAGAAUACCAAUCCUUCAUAUGUUAUAGUCCUGAAAAGUGGGGGAAAAAAACUAUUUUGUUAUGAAUUUCAAAAGGGAUUAACCAGAUAUUCGAAAGGCCAGGGUCAUCUAACCCAAGGGAAUUAAUUCCUACAGAUGAUGCCCAGUCUCUGUUCAGAUCCAAAAGCACAAAUAGAGUCAAGGUCAGGUUCAACAGAAUUGAGUGGCUCAAGACAAACCGAGACAUAGUAACUGUUCUUCACAAGCUGCAAGUAGAUGGCAAGACAUGGUUUGGGGAUUUUAUUUUUUUGGAGGUAAGGGUGUCUUUAUUCACAGCUGACACACAUCUGGGGAACUUGCUGAUGGCACGAAGAAAACACCAGAUGAGUGAAUUCAGACUGUUUCUAAACUGUUUGCCCCAAAACUCCCUGUUUUGCAAAACUGAACAUAGUUUGGGGCCAUCAGUGCAUGCACUAUAUUAACUAGACUAAAGGCAGGCAUUGCUUCGAUCUGUUCCAUUUUUAACUUUUACAGUAGCCUUUGUUUCCAGAGAGAGAGAGAGAGAGCUUUGCUGGCAAAAGCAGUCUUUGCACUAGAGAUUUUUGCUCUUCCCAAUCCAAACUUUUCUGGGAUUGUAUAUAUGCACUUUAAUAUCUUAUGUAUGCCUUGCUGGAGUUUUGUUUUGUUGCUCCAAUUUUUAACUUGGGGGUAAAAGAUUUGAGAACUCAGACUUGUUUAGCUUAAUGGACCAAAUAAAAAAAAACUGGAAAAUAGUUUUUCAUAGUGUAGGAUUUUGAAAGAGUGUUUUUCUUAAAACAGACAUGACAUAGGAUCUACAUAUGUCAGACACAGGCUUUUAGUCACAUGCUUUCUGGAACUGCGUGAGCCUCAGGAGGAAGCAGGUUCCAUCUCUUAUGUCUUCUCUGUAGGAGAAAGCUUAGUGAAAUUGAUCUCUACUGAUUUUGAAUUAACUUGCUUACUGUCAGACUUCACUGGUUUUCCAAGUGCCCUGCACAACAAGAGUCCUUUUAAACUGUUAAUUAUUUUAAAUAUUUCUUAAGAGUGACAAAUACAUUUUUUUUUCCUAAAAAUGAUGUUUCCUCAAUUCCAUCCUAAUCUGUGCUGUUAGCCUUUAUGCAUGGUGACAGCAGGUCAACAUUUUAACGAAUGCCCACCAACUACCAGAGGUUUAAUCUGAAAGGUGCAUGCCCCUUGGCUCUUAUGUUAAAUAUUUUGCUAGCAUUAGGCACUUUCUAUUAGAAAAAAAAAAAAAAAAAAGAUUGCUUUAUUGGUUACCCUCCACCUUCUUCAUCAGGGUACUUUGUAAGGGUUUGAGGCUUGGUUAUUAUUCUAAAGGAUGUAUCUUAUAAAGAAUUAGAAAAAUUGUUUGCAUAACACUAACCAGCCAGGCAUGGUGGCACACACGUUUAAUCCCAGCAUUUGGAAACAGAGGUAGGAGGAUUAUCGUGAGUUCAAGGCUACCCUGAGACUACAUAGUGAAUUCCAGGUCAGCCUGAGCUACAGUGAGACCCCGCCUUGAAAAAAAAAAUCACCAACCAAAAUACCAUUUUACCCAGGCCAAGUUCUAGUAAGCUAUUCUGUUCUUCUUCCCCUUAUCCCUGGUCUUUGUCUAGAAUCUCCUUCAAAGUUGUCCAAGCCUAGCUUUUUCAUGUUCUUUGGCUACUAACAACUUAUUUCAUUCAUGAUUAUAGUUACCAAAAUCUAGAAUUUGGGUCAAAGCAAUUUAACUGUCUCUGGAAUUGGUUCCCACUCAGUAGAAAUGUGUUUGGGCACACAUCAGACUCCUCUGUCCCCGUGGGGUUUUAUGUGGUUGUGGUGGGGGGGAGGGGGCUGGGGUUUGGUUCACAUGAAACCAUAGUUGAGACCACAUUGAAGCGUCUCUUUAGUACAAGCUGCCUAGCUUAUAAAGACAACGUGGUGGGUGUCAGGCCUUACUAGUUUGUCAAAGCUCCCUGGGACAGAGCAGUGACUGCAGCUGGAUAGCAGGAGGCCAAAGCAUGAAGGCAUUCAUCUUUGGAUAGAAGUGACAGCCUGGACUUGGCCUCCAUUUCCCUAUAGUUUGAGCAGCAAAGAAAAGUUUAACAAUAUUUUCAAGAAUGUCAUUCUCUAGACUGUUAGAAAUUAGAAGCUCAGUGUGGGAAAGAUCCAGGCUAUGGCACUGGCCUGGUUGAACAUUCCUGAUAAAGUAGUUUCCACUCCAGCCUCCUCCUUUCUCCUCACGUUCUUGGCAUGCUCGCCAACUGGCUGGUUGAGGUGAAUCCAUCCAAGACCAUUAGGAGCCUUUGAACAAAGGCCUCAAAUCUAACUUUACAGGAGGUCUGUUUGGAUGGUCUUCUACAGCCUUAGCUGUCCCUGAGCUCACCAGGAUGGCCGUUGACGCCAUUCUCAGCCUUGCUGGCCCUUCAUGGUGGAGAUCAGUCACAGCUUAAAGCUGAUGGCAGUAUAAAUGUGGAGCUUGGCUUAAUGCGAUUCUUGCUUAGUGAUGCCAACUAGUAUGGCCCAAGCUUAUUUUGCUGUCGGAACACAAAGUAACCACAGGCUCCAAAGAGUCAUUUUAAAGGAGUUUGACAGUUUUCCAAACCCCCAUCACUGAGCAAUUUGCAAGGUUUUUGGUGGGACUUUCUCCACUGUAUCUAAUUCUGUCCAUCAAAUUAAGAUUUUUAUAGGCUACUAGCUGUGAGGGAGUUCAGAAUAAUUGCCUAUGAGAAAAAGAAUUGCUUUUUAAAAAGGAUAUUAAGAGGAAAAAAAAAUACUAAAAAGUAAAACUUGGUAGAAAUGGAGCUCCACCAAGAACUAGAUAGCAAGAUUUCUUUAUUGCAUACAUCAUGUGCACCUUUUUUAGUGAAUACAUUUUAAAUAAAUGUAGAGCUGUAUGGGGCAUUUCAUUCUCUUUGUGGCAAGAAGUUGGAUUCACCCUUUCCCUUUAAAAUCCUAAGGUGUGCUGAAGCUCACUGGGAAGGCUGGGAGGGUGUCAGUGAGGACCGGUAAGCACCUGGACCACGGGUACUCUUGUCACUCUAAUGGCUACUCCAUCGCACGGAGGUGGCUUCCAGGGGCUGACUUUGCUGGUAAGUUGGAUGAAGCAGGAAAAGCUAGGCAUCACUGCUGAGUUUCAAAAUGUCACAACUUCCAGUGGACAGCGGUGCUGUUCCUCACUCCAGGAGAAGGCGGGCAGGAUGAAGAACAGGCAGGGGCCGGGGAUGCAGCUGCAGUGGGAGAAUGCUUACCUGGCAUGGGGCAGUCCCUGGGCUAAACCCCCCAGCACCACACAAACCAGGCCUGGUGGUGCCCACCUGUAAUCCCAGCACUCUGGAGGUAGAGGCAGAAAAAAAUUAAGAACUCAGGUCAUGCUAGGCUAAAUAGAGAGUUCAAAGCCAGGCUGGGCUACAUAAUACCUUGUCUCAUGCAAAAGAAGAAGAAGAGGAAUGAAAGGUCCUCUAACUCUGUCUCAGUGAUUCUGCAUUCCCUGCAUAUUCUCCCAGCAUCGCAUCCCUUACCCAAGGUCCACUAGGAAAAGUUUAAUAACCAACAAUGAAAUGGGCUUUCUUUGGACAUCUACAAGAACCAGGUAGAAUGUCAGAACACACUCACUUUCAGAGUUUUACUCCACUUUAUUUUAUAUUAAGAGAAUGAUUAUGUUGAAUCACAGGCUCGCAUCUAAAGUCGUAUAGAGUAGCAUCAUGCCAUACAAGCAAGACUUGACCUUAAUUGUAGUUGCUCUCACUUAGGGCUCCCAAACACCUUACCACGAAAUUUAUCUGUGAGCUCCUGGGAAAUACAGAGAAAGGUCCUUAUUUGCCCCCUCCUACAUUUGUCCCUGAAUCAGUUCCACAAGACUGGACCAUACUUUAAGUUAAUUGUUGUGUGCUGGUAAUGGUUCUUUUAUGGCAUGAAAUGCUUCUAGGAGCAUUCUGGAAACCAGGUAUCAGGAAGAUUUCAUUCAUUUGCCAUCUUUCUGGACCCUCUUAAUUGAGACAUCUGUACACAGGCACACACAUGAUUUCAACUUUGUAAAACAAUUCCAAAUGCAUUCCCAGCCCAGAUUUUAUUGCACAAUCUCCCUCUCAUCACAGUAUUUAUAGAACUGGUUGAAAUCAAACUGUUUUGAACUAAGAAGUAGAUACAUAUAUUUUUAAAGAGCGUUCGUAGAUCAACUCUGGCAUAAACUUUGUACAAAGGCAGUUUCUAAAAAAAGAAAAACAUAUAACCUCAGGUACAAAAAUACUGCAUGCGUUAGUACUCAACAAAUCUGCAUACGCAACUGUUAACCAAAGCAUGCCGGGUAGCUGUACCGAAUGUAAACUCACACCAAGCAUGAUCAAGCCUCAUAGGUUAGCUUCUUUUUCCUCACUUCUGAACAAGGGAACAUAUCAGGAACUUUGUUCUCCAGUCGUUUCACGUGUAUUUCAUCUCCUGUCCUUGGGAUCAUUGCUGUGUUGCCACGUUGAACUUGAGUGAUAUUCAUGCAUCUGGAGUGUGUAACGUUACAGUGAGGCCCAAGUUGAUCUUCUGAGGAACCCAGGUACAAACAGUCACAUGCUUUUCUAAAACCCAGCCAAAGAGAAACAGUGCUGAGCCUGAAACCACCUCAGCCGAGGGUCUGAAUGCUACUAAACCAAAUGGUGUUCAUUACCUGGGCGUAGAAAGCUCUGAAUUGUGUACUUCAAAUAUUUAGGAAGAAAUUAGAGCACACUGUAAUUCUAAAUAAAGUUGGGGGGGGGGGGUUAGAGCGAUGCCACAUACAUGAAAAUCAUCCUAAGGCAAAAUGGAUCUAGGCUUUUAAUUGCUGUAAGUGGCACUUUGGGAUGGCGUCUGUCAUGUAGGAGCAGAGGGAGACGUGUCACAGCAGUGUUCUGACAUGGCCCUGUUUGUGUUUCAUAAGCUGUUUGGGUUCAUUCCUCUCCCUUCAGAAACUACAACUGUUUAAUAAUAGGUCUAAAAAUAUUGCAGAUCAGGAGUGUGAGAGAAUUUCAUGGUCACUGGGAGCCAAUCUGAAAUCUCCUCACUGCCUUGUAUUGUAACCUGUGUUCUGUGACAAGACCAGGAAUGAAAAAGGUAAAUGCAAAAAGUCAAUGGGGUCUUAAGUGAGUAAUAAAUAGCAUUGUUACCCACUUCCUAUACCCCUGCACCCCCCCACACACACACACAGUGAAGACCAUAGUGCGGGAGUUUAAAACAGUUAAGAGGAAAAAACUAGAAAGUUGACAUGUGAGGCUUAAUGGUGUGGCAUUUUGCCUUACACAAAGCUUCCAUGUCUUGCAACUUCACAGAAAUACCAGAGUAACAUGAUCUGGAGACAGCCCCCAUCUUGGAACCGUUGCCCCAGAAACUCCUCUAUGAAAGAGCUAACUUGCAAUGCUGCAGUGUCAUCCUGCACUGAAAGGGAUAUUAACAUGAUAUUAACAUGAAAACUAAGUGAGGCCUUUCUUGGUUCAAUUGUAAAAAUGUGCACAUUUGGUUUUUCUUUGAAUGCCUGGGAGAGAGAUAUGAUAUGAGACAAAAGGAUGGACAGGUAUAUUGCACUCAAGUAGGUAACUUGAGCAUCUGACAUUUACACUGAAAUACAUAACAUUUUUGCAUGAGUAUCAUGAAAAGAAUAUACCAUGUGACCCAUGUGUUCAUAACUGACUGUUUCCAUUAGUGAAAGGACGUACCACAAGCCUAAUUUCUUAACCCAUUUCCUAAUUUCCCCACAUACGUACCUAAACCCUCAUCAGUUUUCAUUGCCCAAAUUUGUUUACAUUGGAUGAAAAAAAUGAUUAAUUUAGUAAACUUUUUACAAACUGUAACAGGCAUUUAUUAACUAUUUAGAAAAGACAUUUCUAUAUAUUUUGUAUGACUUAUAAAUAUUGCAUAUCUAGUCUAACCUAAAAAUAUUGUUUUGAGAAAAUUUCCAUAAUAAUUCCUCACCAUGCUCUAUAACAUCUGAACAUCUUGGGGGCUUUGUUCUCAAGUUGAAAUAGAAAACAGCGAAAAAUUAACUUUAAAUGUUUACAUUGAGUUUCUAAAUGAAUACCAACUCCCAUUGUGACCCACGGUAAACUAAUGGCAGUGGGGGAGUUGACAGUGAUUGGCAUUCUAUGUGACACUGCUUCUGUGAUGUACGAAAUCUGCAUCUUAGCAUCUCUGCUGGGUAGUGAGCCUUCAUCUCAGCCUCCCCUUGCAUUGCUUUGGAAAUAAAAUGACAGCUAUAAAAAUAACCGCUGACCAUACUGACGUGUUUCAUUGACUCAGAUGGCUUAUAAUUAUAGUUGCAAAGCACCAAGUUGACGGUAGUAUUUUUCUAUUUUACUGAAGGCAUGCCUUCCCUUUUUCACAUGAUUAAAUUGUAUUUAUAUUUGUGUCGUUUUAAACUAUGUUUUCAAAUAAACUUUGUCUGUGGCUCCGA